AUGAUUAUUAUUAUUAUUAGGAAGCGAAAAUAUGAGGCGGAACUUGAUAAUCUGGUUUGGAAGAUUGACUAUGACAAUAUUACGAUACAAGGAGAAUACACUGGGGCUUCUCGUGCAAUAUCAAUGAAAAGCAUGAUGCAGAGUAUUGUGUCAAUGGUGAAUAACAAAGAAACCCAACAGAUAUUUGCAAGGAUUGGUACAUACAAGGGCAAUAUAUGUGCCAUUAAGGCAAUUAACAAGCAUCAUAUAGAUUUGACAAGAAACACAAGGAAAGACUUGAAAAUAAUGCGAGAUAUGAGACAUGACAAUGUUAAUAAGUUUAUUGGAGCAUGUGUGGAUCAUCCCCAUAUAUGCGUACUAAUGGAAUAUUGUCCAAAGGGAAGUUUACAGGAUAUCUUAGAAAAUGAUGAUAUAAAACUGGACCACAUGUUCCUAGCAUCUAUCAUCAACGAUCUAUUGAAAGGAAUGAUAUACCUACACAGCAGUGAAAUGCGAUCACAUGGCAACCUGAAAUCAUCUAACUGUGUUGUCGACAAUCGAUGGGUGUUGCAGAUUACUGAUUAUGGUCUAAUUGAGAUGAAGAAAGGACAACUUGAAGAGGAAGAAAGUGACCAUGUCCAUUAUAGCCGUUUAUUCUGGCGUGCACCUGAACUUUUACGCUUAGAACAAAAUGCACCUCCAGAGGGAUCUGUGAAAGGAGAUGUUUACUCAUUCUCAAUAAUCUUACAAGAGAUCUAUGCACGUGCACCACCAUAUCACCAUAAUGAAGAAGAACCUAAAGAAAUCAUCAGCAGGGUAAAGGCAGGGCUAGAUCCUCCAUAUCGUCCAAACGUCAGUGAUGUAAACGAAGUUGCACCUGAGUGUGUCUUGUUAACAAUGAGGUCUUGUUGGAGUGAGGAUCCACUGGAUAGACCAGAGUUCCUGAAGUGCAGAGAAAUGUUGAAGCCAAUGCAGGAGGGCCUGAAGUCCAAUAUUCUGGAUAACAUGAUAGCAUUGAUGGAAAGGUACACCAAUAACUUGGAAGAGUUGGUUGAAGAGAAAACUGAAGAUCUGAAGAAAGAAAAGAAGAAAAUUGAAGGCCUGUUACAUCGCAUGAUACCGCCAUCUAUAGCUGGAGACUUGAUGAAAGGGAUUCCCGUUCAACCUGAAAUCUACGACUCUGUGACUAUGUUCUUCUCUGAUAUUGUUGGUUUCACUGCACUCUCAGCUGCCAGCACUCCAAUUCAGGUUGUCAAUAUGCUGAAUGAUCUGUACACCAUGUUUGAUGCUAUCAUUGACAAUUAUGACGUCUAUAAAGUUGAAACCAUUGGUGAUGCUUAUAUGCUUGUGUCGGGUUUACCUCUCAGAAAUGGAAUCAACCAUGCUGGUCAGAUUGCUUCAUCUGCUAUGCAUCUAUUAGAUGCACUGUCUACUUUUAAAGUUCGACAUCUUCCGGAAAAAGUCCUACAACUCAGAGUUGGAAUCCAUACAGGGCCCUGCCUAGCCGGUGUUGUUGGUCUUACUAUGCCUCGCUACUGUUUAUUUGGAGACACUGUGAGUGUUGCUGCUCGUAUGGAAUCAAGUGGUUUAGCUUUGAAAAUUCAUGUUGGACCAGAAUGUCAUGAUUUGCUGGAACAGAUUGGUGGCUACACCAUGGAGGAAAGAGGACCAAUGGAGAUGCAGGGUAAAGGGAAUAUUACAACUUUCUGGUUACUGGAUCAAGAUCCAAGCUAUAAAAAAGGAUAG